CGGUGCUCCCGUCUCCGCAUCCAUUCUCCGACGCCACUCCCCGUCCUCUCCCUUCUACCAACGAUUGCCACCAUGGUCGCUUCGAACAUUCCCCCUCUCCAGUUCACUCCAGUCGAGGAUAUUCCGGGUCGCGUGUCUACCCUGCGUAAGACUUUCCUGGAACAUAAGACUCGCGACCUUGAGUUUCGACUGGUACAGCUCCGGAAGCUCUACUGGGCUGUCAAGGACCAUGAGCAAGAGAUCGCCGAUGCUUCCGCUUUGGACUUGGGUAAACCUCGCUUCGAGACCGAGAUCGCUGAGAGUGGAUGGCUGCAGAAUGACCUUGUGUUCGUGACGCGAAACUUGCACAAGUGGGCCAAGGAUGAAAAAGCCGAAGAUAUUGAUUUGUCCUUCAAAUUCAUGAAUCCUAAGAUUCGGAAGGAUCCAUUGGGUUGUGUUCUGGUUAUUGGCGCUUUCAACUAUCCCUUCCAAUUGACACUCGGCCCAGUCAUCGGCGCUAUCGCAGCUGGUAAUACUGUUGUGAUUAAGCCUAGUGAGAAUGCGCCCAACUCUGCGGUUGUUAUCCAACGCAUCAUUGAGGCAGCCCUCGAUCCAUCCUGCUAUACUGUUAUUCAAGGAGGUAUCCCGGAGACCCAAGCUUUGCUCGCUGAGCGAUGGGAUAAGAUUUUCUUCACUGGUGGCGCCACCGUAGGCCGUAUCAUCGCCAAGGCGGCUGCUCCUCAUUUGACCCCCGUCGUGCUGGAGCUGGGUGGUAUCAACCCGGCCAUCAUAACCAAGAGCGCCAACCCCAGACUCGUUGCGCGGAGACUUCUGUGGGGUAAACUGAUGAAUUCUGGCCAAAUCUGUACCUCCCAAAACUACCUGCUGGUUGACAAGGACCUCGUGCCUGCCGUGAUAGAAGAAUUCAAGAAAGCUUAUAAUGAAUUCUAUCCUCAGGGUGCCAAGCGUCGCCAGACUAUUCUCGCAUCAUCAAUGAAGGGCAAAAUUCUGAUGGGUGGUACAAUGGACGAAAAGGAGCGCUUCAUCGAGCCAACCUUGGUUCUGGUAGACUCUGUUGAUGAUUCGAUGCUGACGCAAGAAAGCUUCGGUCCUUUGAUUCCUAUCUUGCCCGUGGACAACCUCGAACAGGCAGUCGACAUUGCUAAUGGAAUUCAGGCCACUCCUCUGGGCCUUUACCCAUUCGGCUCUAAGGCAGAUACUGACAAGGUUCUUUCUUCUACUCGCUCUGGUGGUGUCUCCGUCAACGACGCUGCUUUGCACAUCCCUACCCUCCCAUUCGGUGGUGUCGGUGAAAGUGGUCACGGCGCCUACCGUGGUAAGGCCAGCUUCGACGUCUUCGUUCACCGUCGUCCCAUCACCAGCACACCCAGCUGGCUUGAAUCCAUCCUCUCGAUCCGCUACCCCCCAUACGCAGGUAAACUGAGCAAGUUCAAGGCCGCCAGCACUCUUGCACCCGAUUUCGAUCGCAACGGAAACAAGAUCCGAUUCGGCUGGCUGCGUUACAUCCUCACUCUCGGCGGAGGCUCUGCGAAGGCUGGUGCUGGCAGAGCCGUCGUUGUUGCUGCUGGUGAGUAA